UGCAUAUUGAGCACCGCCCUGUGUGGUGAGCAUGUUAGUUUAUCCAGGCUGGAUUCGCUUCAAAAAAGGGCAGGAAAACAGUCCAGCCGGGGCAGAGAGAGGAGGAAGAAGGAGUUUGUCGCCUGAGGAAAAGAAGACGAGUGCGGGAUCCGGUCCUCCCGAGCAGGACGACACGUUAUGGACGCUUUAAAAUCGGCGGGCCGGGCGAUUAUCCGGAGCCCCAGCAUCGCCAAGCAGUCGUGGGCAUCAGGGAGACAUAAAAAGCUCCCGGAGAACUGGACGGACACGCGCGAGACUCUGCUGGAAGGAAUGGUGUUCCAGCUGAAGUAUCUUGGCGUCACGCUGGUCGAGCAGCCGAAAGGAGAGGAGCUGUCAGCCGCAGCAGUCAAGAGGAUUGUUACCACGGCCAAAGCCAGUGGGAAGAAGCUACAAAAGGUCAUACUGAAGGUUUCUCCGAGAGGAAUCAUCCUGUACGACAGCACCUCAAAUCAGCUGAUAGAAAACGUCUCCAUUUACAGGAUCUCUUACUGCACUGCUGAUAAGAUGCACGAUAAAGUGUUCGCCUACAUCGCUCAGAGCCAACGCAAUGAGACGCUCGAGUGCCAUGCCUUCCUCUGCGCCAAAAAGAAAGUGGCACAGGCGGUGACGUUGACGGUAGCACAGGCCUUUAAAGUGGCCUUUGAGUUUUGGCAAAACGCCAAGGAAGAAAAAGAAAAGCGAGUAAAGUCAGACUCUGUGGGACCCAGCAACUCUCAGUCACACAACCAGUCACCGAAUUCAGAAAGUGUGGAAGAAGGAGUAGAAGUGGCCACAGGAAAUCUGUUAAACCUUGAGGAAGGUACGGUUAUUCAUUCAGGAUGUGAUGAUACAACACAGAGCAUCAGCACAGAGAACAACAACAUUGUUUGGGAGCUCGAUGAUGGUCUGGAUGAAGCCUUCUCAAGACUCGCUGAGUGUCGUGCUAACCCCCAGGUCCUGGACACUGGGCUAAACCCUCAGGACUACAACGCUGACGAGUGCCUGUCGCCCUGCAAUUGGGACAAGGCCGACGCAGAGGAUGCGUUCGGCUUUUGAGAAAGCAAGACAGAGAGGAUGGACAGAAACAUGAAAAAGGGAAAGAGGAUGACGGUGACACUGAUUAAUGGACAGGAUGAUGCGUCUUCAUCAGAAUACAAGAAUUGCACAGACCAAAGCAAUAAUUGUUUUUUUUUUUUUAAUAUAUAUUAUAAUUAUAAUUAGUAUUCCUAUGAGCGGUAUUUGGCUUUAGUCUGCCUUUUGUAUUACGAUGCUUUCUGUUACAGUCUGUUUUGUAAUUUUGAUUUCUGCCAUUUUAUUUGUCUGUUUGCGUGUUCAAGCUGUAUGAAAACUGUGUGUAAUUUGGAUAUGUAUAAUUUUUUCGAGCGGUUCGUUUAAGCUUUGCGAAUUGGGCUAUGCAGUUUAACACUGUAAUGUUCUCUCAUUUAGAGAGAUUAACAUCACUUGGGUUGUUAACAUUUAAAGGUAUCUGUACGCUGAUGAUAGAACGUUGCGUUUGUGACCCAGGUCUGGUCAUCUGUAGGACAACACGUUCAAAGAAAUGUGUGAUCAGACAUGUUGACACUGCUUUAUAUUACAGGGUGCUUUUAUUUCACGGCUCCGGCCGAGCUCCAGCAUCUCGGGAUAAAUACACGGAGAGAGUUUAUACCGAAGACAAUCUUGUACUUAUAUUUUCUAUUGGAAAAUGUAUUUUUGUACUCCCUGCAAAGAAUCUUUUCAAAAGCACACGGUUUUAAUUUCAGGGAACUGUUUAAUGACUAAAUGAUUUGUGUUUUGUGUGUUUUAGUUGGUUUUUUUCCCCCAAAAUUUAUCAAUGAGGUCAUGUUCACGAUCAGAUCGUUACAUAAGGAACGUAUACCUACCUGCUGUGCGUAACUUUCCUGCUACUUAAUCAUCUUUCACUCGCUUGGUUUUACAUGUUUCUGCCCCGACUGGGUUUGUUAUUACUCCUAUUUUUACUGCAGCUAAACUCAGUGUUAAAAUACCAUUGUUUAGAUUGACCUUUUCUCAUUUCAGUGCUCAGAUUUUUGACUGCAUACAACAUUUUUGUAUUAAAGACCAUAACUUUA